AUGGCCCGCCCUAAGAUCACCCUCUACGUCGACACCGUCAGCCCCUUUGCCUACGAGGCGUAUUACGUGCUGCGGCAUGAUCCGGUCUUUAAGAACUGCGAUGUCACAUACGUGCCCAUCUUCCUUGGUGGGCUGAUGCACAAGUGUGGAAAUACACCGCCCCUCAAGAUCAAGAACAAAGACAAGUGGAUCAACGCCGAACGCCUGCGCUGGGCAGGCUAUUUCUCUAUCCCGAUGACGACGGGCCUGCCGCCAGACUUCCCCGCCAACACGCUCCCGGUCAUGCGCGCCCUCUGCGCGAUCGCGGCCUCGGACACCCAGCAGGCUCAGCAACAGCAGCAGCCACGCCUGACGCGCGCGCUCGACGCGCUCUUCGCGAGGCACUGGGUGGACGCAGUGGCGACACACAAACCCGAGGUGCUGAAGCAGACGCUGGUGGGCCUGUUUGGCGAGGCCGAGACCGAGAAGAUACAAGGCAGGGCCAGUUAUGAUGGUACUAGUAACUAUUGGAUGGUGGCUAACCGCAGGGCAACCGCAAUAGUCCUCGCUGAAGCAAGUACGACGGGUAAGAAGGCCCUGCUCGAAAAUACGGACAAGGCAUUCGCCGAGGGUGCGUUCGGCUUGCCGUGGAUGGUCUGCACCAACACCAGGGGCGAGACCGAGGGCUUCUGGGGCGUCGACCACCUCGGUCAGGUGGUUCAGUUCCUCGGGCUGCGCAAGGACGGGAACCCUUGGCGCGCUCUACUGUAAUCUGCACUUCCCUAUCAUGUAUUUCUUGAUUGAUUCACCAUUUGUUUGUACACAGUACAGUCGACCGCCUGUUUGUUCGUUAUUAGCGCCUGACUUGAAGACCACGGUUGCCCCAGUUUUCAAUCUCAACAUCAAACCGGCGAGUUCCUCUGUGGAAGGAAGGUAUCGAUGGGCAGAAUAUUUUGGAUUUCUGCGGUAUGCUCCAUUCUCUUGCGCUGAAUCAAUCCUUUUCCGGCAGUUCUGCAGUGUUGUUGCGGAAUUGGAGACAUGGCUCCCUGUCGCCAGCUCCGAGCUAACAGGGGAUGAACGGUACCUACCCCUUAAGUUACGUUUAGUUGCUCCAAGCCCUGGCAUGGUGUUUGACUCUUGACCGGACCAGGGUGUCGCGUCUCUGCUCCCAUCCGCUCAUCACCGCAACGAAUGUUUUUUUCAGACUCCACCAGGGAACGCGU